GCCGAGGCUUCUCCCAGGGCCCUGGUCGGGUCUGGUCCCGGGCUGCGCUCUUCGCCUCGCCCCGCCCUUCUCGCCCGCUCUCAAGUCCCGCCCCGCUGCUGGCUCGUGGCCCGCGAGGCCUACGGGUUCCAGGUUUGGAGCUUCGCUUCCGGCCGCCCGGAAGGUCGGCGGUUCGGUCCCAGCAUCCCAACGAUUCUAGAGCCCCUUUAUUGGUCCCGCGGGCGCGGUCGUUGGAGGCGGCGCGGCCCGCACGCGUGUGGCGAAUCUGCCGCGGCGAAUCGGCUGUCGUGGCGCCGGCGGCCUCGCGAGAGUGUGGCGCAGACGGAGGCGGCGCGACGGGCCUUGUGGGCUGAGGGCCGCGGGCGGAGAGCGGGCUGCUGAGCGGCGGGGGGCCGGCGGGGCCCCGCGGCUCCAACAUGACGGGCCGCGUCUGCCGCGGCUGCGGCGGCACGGACAUCGAGUUGGACGCGGCGCGCGGCGAUGCGGUGUGCACGGGCUGCGGCUCGGUGCUCGAGGACAACAUCAUCGUGUCCGAGGUGCAAUUCGUGGAGAACAGCGGCGGUGGCUCGUCGGCGGUCGGGCAGUUCGUGUCGCUGGACGGUUCUGGGAAAACCCCAACCCUAGGUGGUGGCUUUCAUGUGAACUUGGGAAAGGAAUCAAGAGCACAGACCCUGCAGAAUGGUAUUCCCUACUUCUCCUUGCUGACCAAGGGGUGGGACAGGAGAGGGAGGUGGGACGGGAUGCUGGGGGCGGCGGCACAUCCACCACCUGGGGAGCCAGCUGCAGCUGAAUCAGCACUGCCUGGACACAGCCUUCAAUUUCUUCAAGAUGGCUGUAAGCAAGCAUCUUACCCGAGGACGGAAAAUGGCCCAUGUGAUUGCUGCCUGCCUCUACUUGACAUGCUCCUCGACCUCAGCGACCUGCUCCAGGUUAAUGUGUAUGUGUUGGGGAAGACGUUCCUGCUCUUGGCGAGGGAGCUUUGCAUCAACGCACCAGCUAUAGACCCAUGCUUGUACAUUCCACGCUUUGCUCAUCUACUGGAAUUUGGGGAGAAGAACCAUGAGGUAUCCAUGACAGCCCUGAGGCUUCUGCAGAGAAUGAAAAGGGAUUGGAUGCACACAGGCCGGCGCCCCUCUGGCCUCUGUGGAGCAGCGCUUUUGGUUGCAGCCAGAAUGCAUGACUUCCGGAGAACGGUCAAAGAAGUCAUCAGUGUGGUUAAAGUAUGUGAGUCCACACUACGGAAGAGGCUCACAGAAUUUGAAGACACUCCAACCAGUCAGCUCACUAUCGAUGAGUUUAUGAAGAUUGACUUGGAGGAAGAGUGUGACCCUCCCUCGUACACAGCUGGACAGAGGAAGCUGCGCAUGAAGCAGCUGGAACAGGUCCUGUCAAAAAAGCUAGAAGAAGUUGAAGGUGAAAUAUCCAGUUACCAGGAUGCCAUUGAAAUUGAGCUAGAAAACAGCCGACCAAAAGCAAAAGGGGCUCUCGCCAAUUUGUCAAAAGAUGGCUCCGGUGAGGACACCACUUCCAGCCCAUUCUGUGAGGAAGACACUGAGGACGAGGAGCUGGAGGCUGCUGCCAGCCACAUGAACAAGGACUUUUACCGGGAGCUCCUAGGGGAUAAUGGCGGCUCAGAGGCAGCAGAAGACCCUGAUGGGGGUAGCAGACCACUCGCCCUGGAGUCCCUACUUGGUCCCCUGCCCACAGCAGCCAGCCUGGGCAUCUCCGACUCCAUCCGAGAGUGCAUCUCCUCCCCAAGUGGGGACCCCAAAGACUCUUCAGGGGAUGGGGAGCUGGACCUCAGUGGCAUCGAUGACCUUGAGAUUGACAGAUACAUCCUAAACGAGUCAGAAGCCCGAGUAAAAGCUGAGUUGUGGAUGCGAGAGAAUGCUGAGUACCUGCGGGAGCAGAGAGAGAAAGAAGCAAGAAUAGCGAAGGAAAAGGAGCUUGGCAUCUAUAAGGAGCACAAGCCCAAGAAGUCUUGCAAACGUCGGGAGCCAAUCCUGGCCAGCACAGCUGGGGAAGCGAUUGAGAAGAUGCUGGAGCAGAAGAAAAUCUCCAGCAAGAUCAACUACAGUGUGCUGCGGGACCUUAACAGCAAGGGCGGAGGCAGCCCGCCCAGGGACGACUCACAGCCCCCAGAGCAUACCAGCGCCAAGAAGCUGUCACGGAGGAAAAGAGCAGCUGCUAGGAAUAGUGCUGAUCCUGGGACAAGCAUGGGGAAGAGGUUGAGGCCUCUGGUGUCUGCCCAGCCAGCUAAGAAGGCAGCUGUGGGAGAGGCUUUGCUCUUAAGUUCCCCUGCCUUGGGAGCUGAGCCUAUCAAGCCAUCAGCAGUCUUGGUAGAGAGUGGCCCUGUGUCAUACCAUCCUGAGGAGGAUGCAGAUGAGGAGGACGCUGAGGAAGAGGAUGGAGAGCCCUGCGUCAGUGCUCUGCAGAUGAUGGGUGGCAAUGAUUACGGCUGUGAUGGUGACGAGGAUGAUGGCUACUGAGUGGAACUCAAGACCAGGCAGCGUCCUGGUGCUGGACUCCAAGUGUAUCUGUCUUAUGGGUGUCAGGUGGGCCCGGGGGCCACGGCUCACAGGAAUGAUUUCUCAGACUCGACCAGUCAAGCACUGCCCCACUUAUUUGAAGCUCUCUUCCCAUGGCCACAUAAUGGACCAUUGUACUUAUUAUUGGGAAUCAUGUUUUGAGCAAUGUAAGGGAUAUUUUUGCUCAGCAAGGGAAACUAGCUGUGUGUUAUGUGUAAUGAAACAUGGUCAGAGAGUA